AGACAGCAGACGUUCUCACAGCGAGCCACUCGAGUUCGAGACGCCAACUGGGACUGGAAAACGAUGAACAGACACAGCUUCGUAUGGGCGCUAGCCGCCUGCUUAAUUGCAUGCGCCAGCGCAAACGGCUACGGCGGACAGCAGAGUUACGGCUCUGGCGGUCAGGGCUACGGCUCGAGCGGACAGCAGAGCUACAGCAAUAGCGGAGAUGGUGCUGCUGCCGGUGCAUCCGCUGGUGGUGCUGGUGAAUUUGCCAACGACGGUGCUUUGAGCGCUGAUGGCGCCGCUGCUGGCUCAUUGGCCGGUAACGGUGAGGCCGCUGGUCUGGCCCAGACCGGACAGAGCACUUAUGGCUCUGACCAGAACAUUCCAUACAAACCGGUGAACACCAAGGGCAACACCCUUACCUCCUCAAUCACCUACCCACAGAACAAGGGCGAGAUUCUGAUCCAUCGUCCAGCUCCCAUCAUUGUCAGACGUCCACCCACCAAGGUGCUGGUGAACCAUCCUCCAUUGGUUGUCAAGCCCGCUCCAGUUGUGCUCCACAAGCCUCCAGCAAUCGUGCUGCGCAAGGUCUACGUCAAGCACCACCCACGUCGCGUUAAGGUUGAGCCUGUCUUUGUCAAUGUGGUGAAGCCCCCAGCAGAGAAAUAUUUCGUCAACGAGAACAAGCAGGGUUACGGACAGGCAUCUCAUGGUCACGCCGGUCAUUCCGGUCAUUCCGGUCACGGUCAUGGUCACGGACAUGGUAACGGUCAUCAUGGCCGUCCCGGUCCAAUUGUCGCUGGUCCCCAGCACUCUGGCCCAGCUCUGCCCGCCUAUGCCUCUGGCGCCGAUAGUGCCGCUGCCAGCGCUGGCUACCAGCUGCUCCAGGGCGGUAACCACGGUCUCUCUGCUCUGGCCAACAUUGCCGGUGAGCGUGAGGGCAACUAUGGUGGCCAAAGCCACCAAUAUGGCGGUCCAGCUCAGUCCGGACCUGGUGCCUACUCGGCUCCGUCGUACUAAGCGUAUCAGCUUCUAGCUGACAGCUACCGGCCUUCUCUGGCUGGUCUUAGUUACUAUGUUUUUUACACGGCUUGGACGCCCACAAGGCGGGUGCGCAGGUUUCUUUGCAAACAAAUAAAAAAAAAUUUGAAAAAAA